ACUUCCUGGCCAGCCCCGGAAACCAGCAGGCGUUGGGGAGGGGCGGGGGGGAUAUAGCGGCAGCAGCAGCCCCAGCCCUCUGAGGGACAGCAGGAAGGAAGGGAGGGAGGGGGGGAAGCUGGGGGGACAACCCCCCAUCAUUCCUACCGCUAUGGGCCCAACCUCCCAUUCCCACCUCCCCUCCAUCGGCCGGGGCUAGGACACCCCCAAAUCCCGUCGCCCCCUUGGCACCGACACCCCGACAGAGACAGAGACAGCCAUCCGCCACCACCGCUGCCGCAGCCUGGCUGGGGAGGGGGCCGGCCCCCCAGGCUCCCUGCCCCAUUGAGGUGGCCAGAAUGGAGCUGUGGCCAGGGGCAUGGACACUGCUACUGCUGCUCUUCCUGCUGCUGCUCUUUGUGCUGCCCACUUUGUGGUUCUGCAGCCCCAGUGCCAAGUACUUCUUCAAGAUGGCCUUCUACAAUGGCUGGAUCCUCUUCCUGGCUGUGCUUGCCAUUCCUGUGUGUGCUGUGCGAGGACGAAACGUCGAGAACAUGAAGAUCUUGCGUCUAAUGCUGCUCCACAUCAAAUACCUGUAUGGGAUCCGAGUGGAGGUGCGAGGGGCUCACCACUUCCCUCCCUCGCAGCCAUAUGUUGUUGUCUCCAACCACCAGAGCUCCCUCGACCUGCUUGGGAUGAUGGAGGUACUGCCAGGCCGCUGUGUGCCCAUUGCCAAGCGUGAGCUACUGUGGGCCGGCUCUGCUGGGCUUGCCUGCUGGCUAGCAGGCGUCAUCUUCAUCGACCGGAAGCGUACGGGGGAUGCCAUCAGUGUCAUGUCUGAGGUUGCUCAGACCCUGCUCACCCAGGACGUAAGGGUCUGGGUUUUUCCUGAGGGAACAAGAAACCAUAACGGCUCCAUGCUGCCCUUCAAACGUGGCGCUUUCCAUCUUGCAGUGCAGGCCCAGGUUCCCAUUGUCCCCAUAGUCAUGUCCUCCUAUCAAGACUUCUACUGCAAGAAGGAACGCCGUUUCACCUCAGGGCAAUGUCAGGUGCGGGUGCUGCCCCCAGUGCCAACAGAAGGGCUGACACCAGAUGACGUCCCAGCUCUGGCUGACAGAGUCCGGCACUCCAUGCUCACCGUUUUCCGGGAAAUCUCCACUGAUGGCCGGGGUGGUGGUGACUAUCUGAAGAAGCCUGGGGGGGUGGGCGAAGCACGGCUCUGAACUCCCCUCCCAUCCAUCCCCAUCUUCCUUCCCACACCUACCAACCCAAUGGGCCCAAGCCCUCCAUCUUCAUUUCCCCUCUCCUCACUUAUUCUCCUCUUUGGAAUCUUCAAUUUCUGAAGUGAAUGUGGAUACAGCACCACCACUCCCUGCCCUUUCCCAACCCCACCCAUGGACUCUUGUGCCUCAGUGCAGUCUCUGCUCUGUCCCCCACCUCCUGCCAUCUUGCCUGUGGGACAGUUGCCUCCCCCUCAUCUCAAGUGGCUCAGCCUACACAAGGGUGGGGAACAUUCCAUCCCAUCCCCAAUAGACUCUUCCUUUGUGGUUUCUCCCUCUCCAUCCAACGUUGGCCAGUGGACUCAUCCAUUCUGUGGAACAAUUCUCCCCCUACCCCAAGUCCAUGGAUUCAAUGGACUCAUCUAUUUGGGAGGAGUACUUCUCACCCUGUGGCUGGAAGCUGAUAUCUGGAACACUCCUCCCAGGCUCAGCCUGGGGACUUUUCCUCAGCACUUUCACCUUCCCUUCCCGUGGAGCCUCCUGUCAGUGAGGGCUGGACUCUUCUAACUCAGAGAUCUCAUCCCUGCCCUUGCCCAGAUGCACAGGGUUGUGCACACUCCUGGAUUCCAGUUCAGUCUCCAUAUUUCUGCUUCUCCCUAUCCCCAUGGUACAGUUCUUCAGUGGUCUUGGCCCUGCCCAGCCCCCCUGCAGCCCUGCUGUACCAUUUAACCAGACACAGGGGAAGAGGCAGACAUCAGGUGCUGCACUCAACUUCUGCUUCCUGGGGAGUUGGGGCAAGGAACUGAACCCUGGCUGGAGGGGAUAAGAGGGCUUUUAAUUUAUUUCUUUUUCUGUUUGAGGCUUCCCCCUCUCUGAGCCAGUUUUCAUUUCUUCCUGGUGGCAUUAGCCACUCCCUGCCUCUCACUCCAGACCUGUUCCCACAACCGGGGAGGUAGGCUGGGAGCAAAGGAGAGGGUGGGACUGAGUUUUGCGUGGUUGGUUUUUAUUAAUUAUCUGGAUAACAGCAAGAAACAGAAAAUAAAGAGAGAGAGAGA